AUGACAGUUAGUCUGUACCUUCAGCAGGAGGAGCUCUACCAGCAGCUGCUGGUGCAGACAAUGGGAAAAAUGCAGAAUGAAAACCCAGACUCUAGAGUCAUACGACCACAGCCAGGCAUGUGUAUCAAGACGACAAUAGAGCCAUCAAAGCAGAAGGUCUUCAUUAACAUCUGUCAGUCAAACUCUGUCCCGCCCCCUCCUGACAUGUCACGGGAUGAGCUGGUGGAACUGCUCCAGUCUGAGGACCCCAGUGGAUACAGAGUCCCUAUGAGUCUUGGAGAGCCACACACGGAAACCGAUAACAGCUCCCAAGGUUGCACUGCAUAUGAUGUGGUUAUAAACCAGGACUUCUUCCAGACCUGUCAGAAGGAUCAGCUCUUUCAGCAGUUCAUUGUCCUGGUGUCCGUAGAGGGCUUAGAAAACAAAUAUGACUUGGAGCUGAGCAGAGACUGGAAAGUCCUAAAGAACAGGAAGUUUCUGGGUUCUAUUGGAGAGCAGAAUAUUCGGACAAAGAGCCGACCAGUCAUCCAAGAGCUGCAGCCUCAGGAAAGCACCCUCACUACAAAAAGACCUGAGUUCACGUUGCUGGUUGAGCCCUCUGUGGGAGAUGCACAGUAUCUCAUCGCAGAGAUAAAGCUUCCUGGAAUAACCUCAGCUCGCUCUCUGCUGCUGGACAUAGGGGAGGACAGACUGGUUCUGAAGGCCCGACCUUCUAUGUACCACCUGGACAUCUUCCACCCUUUUCUCAUUGAACAGCAGAGCAGCAUGGCUCAGUACAACACCUCGACUCAGAUCCUCACACUUAAACACAAGUGCUGUUCCCACAUAAAACCCCCGGCUCCACAUUAUAGUCACACUCCAGUCUGCAACUGUCCCUGUCUGCUCUCAUCUCUUACUGCAGCCAUGUCAGACAUAGAAGAGGAAUAUGAUGAGGAGCAGACAGAAGGGGAGGAGGAGCCAGAGGAGGAGCCAGAAGAGGAGCCCGAGGAGCAGCAGGAGGUUGAAGGCGUCAAGAGAAAUGGUUUGACUCCGGACACGGACCUGACAUCACAGAACAUCGCCGCCUUCAUGGACUCGGGGUGA